GGCGAUUGACAGUCGGAGCGCGGCGCGCGCUCGUGUCAUGUGACUCAAACGCUCCGGAAAAGCAGCGGAUGACUGAACUCAAUUCACUCGCUCGAGUUCUCUAUGUUUCUUCGCUCACACUUUGAACUAAAGACUUUAAUGAAGAUUUCUGUGGCGUAAACAGAGAGGGAUGAAAAAUGGACCUGGCACAUCAUGGUCUUGUUCUUCUGAAGCGUCUGAAUGCCCAGAGGGAGUUUGGUUUCCUCUGUGACUGUACUGUGGUCAUUGGUGAUGUACUUUUCAAAGCUCACAAAGCUGUUCUUGCUGCUUUUUCGAACUACUUCCGUAUGCUGUUCAUUCAUCAAGACAGUGACUGUGUUCGACUGAAGCCUUCGGAUAUACAGCCAGAAAUCUUUAGCUACCUGCUUAACCUGAUGUACACCGGAAAAUUUACCACCGAACCCAUUGACCCAGUUUAUCUGGAGCAGGGUGUGAAGUUCCUGCAUGCUUACCCCUUAUUACAGGAGGCAAGUCUUCUUAUAAAUCCCGAGUCCCAGUACGUGCCUUUGACAAACUCGCUUUAUGGCAUACAGAUUUCUGACCAGGCUUGUGGCGCGUCCAACAGAAAUACGGCAUGCAAAGAUGAUGCUUUUGCUAAAAGCUUUGAAAACGUGGGCUGGGGAUGUUCAGACGUUUCUGAUAUGGAGUACAGAUCUCCACAACCUGUUGGCAUAGAGUCACCCACCCAGAACACAGCGGCUUCAGUGGUCCGACACCUCACAUAUGGAAUAAUGAGAAGAACUACUUCCUCUAGAAAGCGUUACACCUGCAAUUAUUGUGGUAUACGUUUUUACCAAAGGUCCAAGUUGAAGGCACAUCUGCUUGUUCAUACCAACCAAGCAACAGAAGCACAGGCAUCAUCUAUACAAAAUGAUUUCAGCGGUCAAGAAAUGGAAGAGGAGCAUUUGCAUGCUGACAGUGAUGUUAUAAGUGAUAUCGAUCAACAUGCAUGGAUGGAGGAUACUCCACCUCCUUCUGAUAUUGCUGAUAUAGACACCAUGGAGGGCACAGACAUGGAUCGUGAAAUGAAGCGCCGUAAAUUUGAGUGCCCGACCUGUGCUCGCAAGUUUAUUCAGAAGAGUCACUGGCGUGAACACAUGUAUAUUCACACAGGAAAGCCAUACAAGUGUAGCUCUUGCGGAAAGAGCUUCUGCCGAGCGAAUCAAGCCGCUCGACACGUUUGUUCAAAUCAGGGUCCAGAUUCGUACAUUAUGGUCAACAAGCAAAGUCUGGUUGUGUGUGGUGGAGAAGACAACAGUCAGGUGGAAGCUCUCUUCCAGACUUCAGAGAGACCCUACAAGUGCAGAAUGUGUGCCGUACCUUUUGGUAGCCCAUCGGAGGUACUCAAACAUCAGUGUUUGGUUAAGGAUGAAACUGAACCUUUGGUAGACAAUUCACUGGGGGUGAUUGAGAACGAGAGUUUAGUAACUACACCUCAGGUUCAAUCUGAAGAUGCCAUGUUACAAGUUAGUGGAAAUGUUUAACAAUAUUUUUUAGCGGUCACUGUCUGUAUUAAACUUGGUAAAAAGUAUAAUUUAAGGUCCACUACAUUUGUUUGGAAUUUAAAAGUUUGUAAAUUAUUUUUUCCUUUGUCAGAAUCAUACUACUGAGCUUGAAAUGAGUGGAAAAAUAAAACUUUUUUUCAGUU